AACUACGUCACUAUCAUGCGUCCCACUUGCCAGGUUAUAACAUGGCUACCGCAGCGACAUCCCACCCAGGCUUCUCACUAAAUAUCCCAACCUGACCACCGCUUGGGCCCACUCCAGCUCAGAAAAGGGAGGAACAUUAGCGCCGGCACAGCGGCCAAGACUUCCGGAAGCUCCAUCAGUCACUUAGCUCCCCUGGUCUCUCGGGUAGGCAUCCGCCCACCGCCUUUCGUCACUUCCGUCGGCCGAUUGCGCCCAAGAUUGACAGGCGCGGACUUCCAGUCAGAUGCGGGCCCAGCCCCAAAACCGAGGCGAGGGGCGGGUUUGAGAGCGGAAAGCCCCACCCCUUGCCUGCGUGUGACGUCAGAAUCGCCAUGGCCAGCUAUCCGUACCGGCAGGGCUGCCCAGGAGCUGCAGGACAAGCACCAGGAGCCCCUCCGGGUAGCUACUACCCUGGACCCCCCAAUAGUGGAGGGCAGUAUGGCAGUGGGCUACCCCCUGGUGGUUAUGGGGGUCCUGCCCCUGGAGGGCCUUAUGGACCACCAGCUGGUGGAGGGCCUUAUGGACACCCCAAUCCUGGCAUGUUCCCCUCUGGAACUCCAGGAGGACCAUAUGGCGGUGCAGCUCCAGGGGGCCCCUAUGGUCAGCCACCUCCAAGUUCCUAUGGUGCCCAGCAGCCUGGGCCUUAUGGACAGGGUGGCGCCCCUCCCAAUGUGGAUCCUGAGGCCUACUCCUGGUUCCAGUCGGUGGACUCAGAUCACAGUGGCUAUAUCUCCAUGAAGGAGCUAAAGCAGGCCCUGGUCAACUGCAAUUGGUCCUCAUUCAAUGAUGAGACCUGCCUCAUGAUGAUAAACAUGUUUGACAAGACCAAGUCAGGCCGCAUCGAUGUCUACGGCUUCUCAGCCCUGUGGAAAUUCAUCCAGCAGUGGAAGAACCUCUUCCAGCAGUAUGACCGGGACCGCUCGGGCUCCAUUAGCUACACAGAGCUGCAGCAAGCUCUGUCCCAAAUGGGCUACAACCUGAGCCCCCAGUUCACCCAGCUUCUGGUCUCCCGCUACUGCCCACGCUCUGCCAAUCCUGCCAUGCAGCUGGACCGCUUCAUCCAGGUGUGCACCCAGCUGCAGGUGCUGACAGAGGCCUUCCGGGAGAAGGACACAGCUGUACAAGGCAACAUUCGGCUCAGCUUCGAGGACUUCGUCACCAUGACAGCUUCUCGGAUGCUAUGACCCAACCCAUCUGUGGAGAGUGGAGUGCACCAGGGACCUUUCCUGGCUUCUUAGAGUGAGAGAAGUACGUGGACAUCUCUUCUUUUCCUGUCCCUUUAGAAGAACAUUCUCCCUUGCUUGAUGCAGCACUGUUCCAAAAGCGGGUUGAGAGUCCUGGAUCAUAGCCACCAAAUAGUGAGGACCGGGGCUAAGGCCACACAGAUAGGGGCCUGAUGGAGGAGAGGAUGGAAGUUGAAUGUCCUGAUGGCCAUGAGCAGUUGAGUGGCACAGCCUGGCACCAGGAGCAGGUUCUUGUAAUGGAGUUAGUGUCCCGUCAGCUGAGCUCCACCCUGAUGCCAGUGGUGAGUGUUCAUUGGCCCAUUAUCGUUACUACCUGUGUUCCCUCACCAGGCCAUCCUGUCACACGAGCCCAUUUUCUCCAAAGUGGAAUCUGACCAAGCAUGAGAGAGAUCUGCCCAUGGGACCAGUGGCUUGGAUUCCGCCACACCCAUAAAUCCUUGUGUGUUAACUUCUAACUGCCUGGGGCUGGCCCUGCUCAGACAAAUCUGCUCCCUGGGCCCCUCUGGCCAGGCUCUGCCUCCGCGGCUGGGACCCCUCACUUGCCUGCCAUGCCCUGCUCGGCUUCAGUCUCCAGGGGACAGUGGGCACCUCUCUCUGCCAAUACUUUUUUUAAUUUGCAUUUUUUUUCAUUUGGGGCCAAAAGUCCAGUGAAAUUGUAAGCUUCAAUAAAAGGAUGAAACUCUGG